CGAUCUUCGACGCUUAACUGACUGGUCGGUCGACAUUUUCGGCACAGCGUCGUCAGUGCUGACGUGAAACUACGUGAGCGGAGACGAAGGCCGUCCACCCAUGCUGUAAUUAGUGACGAGUCAGACUACGUAAAACUUCGGUAAACCAACUAUGGAAACCCAAGUCUCGUCAGAUUUGUGCAACAGUUUAAACAACUUUGUGUCAGAUGGAGAGGAGAAACAAAGCAAAGCCAGUCCAUCACCUGCAGACGCUCAUGUGUCGUUCGCAGCAGAGUCUCCAGGUGGGACUGGAACAGAGCAGGUCCAAGGUGUCAUCCAGGCCCCACAGAACUCUGUCAUACAGUCGCCACAGAACGCCACGGUAGCCGAGCUGGUGGGUGACGACGUGUCGGUCACAGACACCCAGAAGAGACGAGAGCUUCUCUCCAGGCGCCCGUCUUACCGGAAAAUACUCAGCGAGCUUUCGUCAGAUACUACGGCGGUUUCUAAAAUCGAGGAAGAGAAGACGGAGGACGAGGAGGAGGAUGACGAGGAUGACGAGGAUGACGAGGAGGAGGUGCAGGUCUCUAGCGAGGCCUCAGUUUCAGUGCCGACCUCCAUCUACCAGACCAGCUCAGGACAGUACAUCACGUUUUCUCAGGGGAGAGCCAUCCAGCUGACCAGCCCUGGAGUUGAAGCCCUGACGGCCUCACACCCUGGAUCCACGAUCCUGCAGUGUGCAGCUCAGCCCGGAGACGCCCCACAGCAGUUCUACAUCCAGGGAGGACAGGUGCUCAUACAAGCUGCCACAGGAGACAUCCCAGCGUACCAGCUGCGUUCACCCAACUCAGGUCUGGCCCAGAGCAUCGUGAUGGCGGCCUCGCCGGGGUCCAUGCAGAACCCCCCCCAGCACGCAGAGGAGGUCACCCGAAAGAGAGAGGUCCGGCUGAUGAAAAACAGGGAGGCGGCUCGCGAGUGCCGCAGGAAAAAGAAAGAGUAUGUCAAAUGUCUGGAAAACCGCGUGGCAGUGUUGGAAAACCAAAACAAGACCCUGAUUGAAGAGCUGAAAGCUCUGAAGGACAUUUACUGCCACAAAGCCGAGUAGCGGCGGUUUGCACGGCGGUCGCGGGUUGAAGGCAGGGCCCGUUUACAAACUGCUACAGCCAAACAAAAAAACAAAAAACAUAAAAGAAAGACUAUGGAACAAAAAACUGCCUGGACCGUGUUUGUUUCUCUGCUCACUCAGGCCCCGGUGUAACGCUGAAGACAGAGGUGUUGUCCCGGGGAAUUAAAAAAAAAAAAAACAGCUCGAGCUUUGCCAGUUUCUGCUCUUGUUCUUAUCUUGUUGCUCUUUGCAUGUGAAGACUCGAGUGUCGCACACACUUUGCUUGCUGUUGCGUUUGGUGCACAGGGUGAAAGCCAACCAAUCAGAGAGAGCCAGCUGAUGAAGAGGAACAGGAAGAGGACAUAGAGGUGCUUCCUGCAAAACGUACCGCUCAUGUACAGAGAUUAUGAAGAAGGAAAAAAAAACCCACAACGGGUCAGCCGGGUCUCUCUCUCUCUCUCUCUCUCUCUCUCUCUCUCUCUCGCUCUACCAGCAAGUCUCUCUGAGGUCGGACGAGGUGCACAUUAAUCUAAGCAGAUCUACCACCAGCUGUAACAGUGUUUACCUGAACAUGUCAUUUGUGUUUGAUGCUUUUUAUUCUUGGUUGUUUCAUGCAUUCCUUCAUGCAAAAAAA